AUGGCGAACCCGUUCGCCCCAGCGGCGGCCUCCCCGUUCGGCGCGGCGCAGCCGGCGUCUCCUUUCGGCGCCACUUCCGCCUUCGGCGCAUCCGCGACUCCCGCCAGUCCGUUCGGCCAGGCGGGCACGUCACUCUUCGGCGGAGGGGCGGCGACAGGAAGCGUGUUCGGCGCGACUUCUGCGCCCGCCUUCGGCGCGACAUCCGCGCCUGCUUUCGGCGCAGCGGCGUCGACUCCAGCGUUUGGGUCCACGGCUUCCCCUUUUGGCGGCGGUUCGUCGCUGUUCGGGCAGCAGCAGAAGCCAGCAGCCUUCGGCACGUUUGGGCAAACUCAGGCCAGUCCAUUUGGAGCGCCCGCCUUCGGCCAGCAGUCCCAGCCGGCGUUCGGAGCAGGCGGGGCGUUCGGCUCCACCGCCACCACGCCUACCUUCGGUGCCGCCACUGGCGCCGCGCCCGCGUUCGGCGCCGCCGCUCCCGCCUUCGGCGCGUCCGCGCCCGCGUUUGGCGCGACCACGACGACGCCCGCGUUUGGCGCGGCGAGCACGCCGGCGUUCGGCGCGACGGGCGGGCUGUUUGGAUCCACUGGCACGUCUGCGUUCGGCGCUGCGUCCGCGCCUGCUUUCGGCAGCCUCUCUUCGCCCAGCUUCGGAGCAUCAGCGCCUGCGUUUGGAGCAACCACCUUCGGAGCCACACCCUUCGGAGCGGCAGCAGCAGCAGGCACAGGCAGCCGUAACCCCGCGUACGCGCCCACCAACGACACAGAAACCGGCACAGCGGGCCAGCUCGGCAAAUUCAUCUCCAUAUCAGCCAUGCCAGCCUACAAAAACAAGAGCCCGGAGGAGCUCCGCUGGGAGGACUACCAGAGGGGAGACAAGGGCGGGCCGGCACCAGCACAGGCAGGAGGAGGCCUCUUCGGCCAGCCAGCAGCAGCGGCGUCUCCGUUUGGUGCAGCUGCUGCUGCCCCGGCGUUUGGUUCCGCACCUGCGAACCCGUUCGGCCAGGCGUCCACGCCGAGCCUGUUUGGCUCGGCUGCUCCUGCAUUUGGCGCGGCCGCGUCCACGCCCGCGUUCGGCGCGUCAACUUCCCCGUCCCUCUUCGGCUCUUCAACCCCGGCCUUUGGUGCUGCGUCCGCCCCUGCUUUCGGGGCCACUGGAGGGUCGCUCUUUGGCGCUGCUGGCGCCACUGCCAGCAGCCCCUUUGGAGCAGCAGCAUCGACGCCCUCUCUCUUCAGCUCGCCCGCUGCCGCCACCGCCUCCCCCUUUGGCGCGUCCACUGGCGCGUCUCUCUUCGGAGCGACCUCAGGGGCGGCGGGUCAGCCAGGGGCUUCCCUAUUCGGCGCCUCUUCUCCUGCUUUCGGUGCCAGCGCGUUUGGGACUCCCGGUGCUGCUGCUGCUACUCCCGCGUUUGGUACCACGCCGUCACUGUUUGGGACCGGAGCAGCAACGGGAGGAGGGCUUUUUGGUAGCUCCACGCCUGCUGCUGGCUCCACUGGGCUUGGGUUCGGGUUUGGCACGGCCGGAGCUGCUGGAUCGGCGCCAGGGUUUGGUGCGGCGGGAGGGUCGCUGUUUGGAGGGGCAGCGGGAGCGGGCGGCACGACUGGGGCGGGGUUGUUUGGCGCGUCCACCGGGUCGGCGUUUGGGUUUGGAGGAGCGUUCCAGACCAAGCCGGCUGGACUCACUCAGUCUUCGGCGUUCCCCUCGUUUGGAGGGCUGGGAGCAUCGACAACCACGCCUGGCUUUGGAGCAUCACAGCCGGCCUUCGGCGGGGGCCUCUUCGGCUCCACCCCUCAGCUGGGCUCCUCUCCCUUUGGCGCCUCCCUUGGAGCGACCGCCACGGGAGGUCUGUUUGGUCAGUCGCAGCAGCAGCAACAGCAGCAGCAAAUGCAGCUUCAGCAGCAACAGCAGCAGCAGCUGCUACAGCAGCUGCAGCAGUCGGGGCUGCUUCAGUCGCCCUUCGGUGUGCUGCCUGCAAUGCCCAACUUCGGCCUCGGUGGUUCUGCUGGCGGGGUCAGAGCCAGCACAGAGCUUGGGAUCUCCAGCAUGCCCGCGUCAGACCGCUAUGCUUCAGGCACGCGCGUGUCCUCCAUCCUCACGCCCCGCCGCAUCACUCCCCGCACGCGCGCACGCCCUGCCGCCACGCGCCACUUCCACCCGGGGCGAGACACCGCCCGCGUGCCCUUCUUCUUCUCCUCGCCCUCCGACCACGACGACCUCUCCCCCGCCGUGCCCCGCGCCGACGCCCUCUUUGUCCCCCGCGACAACCCCCGCGCCCUCUUCAUCCGCCACCCCGUCGCCCCUGCCGCUGCUCACACCGCUGCUGCUGGUGGUACUCGCGGUGCUGACGCGAGCCCGAAUGGGAAGAGCCCUGCUGCUGCUGGAGGGACGCCGGGCAAAACAGGGUCGCCGCAGGGAUCAGACUACCAGUCGCCCCCUUCAGGGGUUUCUCCCCGGGAUGCCUUCUACGCCCCUUCCGCUCCUCCCUACGAUUCCUCCGAUCUGAAUGGCAAUGGCGGGUCGCAGUCCCCCAGGAGCCCCUCUGCUGCCCGCGCAGGAGCCACAGGCGGAGGGUUUGGAUCCGCCAUGCCAUCCCCCACUCUCUCCCCUGCCUGGAAUGGCUCCUUCUCCCCACCCUCCCCCUCGCGUGGCACUGGUACCGGUUCGAAAGGUCCCGGGAUCGAAUCCCAGCUGCCGCAGUUAAAAUCCGCGGAUUAUUACACCGAGCCGUCACUCUCCGCUCUAGCUGCGCUUGAGCGCUCGCUCCCAGGGUCUCUGGCGCGCGUGCGGGACUUCGUGGUGGGCCGCAAGGGGUUCGGGAGCGUGCGGUUUCUGGGCGAGACGGACGUGAGGGGGCUGGAUGUUGAGGCGAUAGUGCAGUUUCACAAGUGUGAGAUUCUGGUGUAUAUGGAUGAGGAGAGCAAGCCGUUGGUGGGGGAGGAGCUGAAUAAGCCUGCAGAGGUGACGCUGCUGCAGGUGGUGUGCGUCGAUAAGAAGACCGGCAAGGCGGUGACGGAGGGGCCGGAGGUGGAGAGGUUUGAGCGCAAGCUGCGGCGCAAGACAGCGGAGCAGGAGGCGGAGUUCCUGUCCUUCAAUGCUGCCAAGGGCGAGUGGCGCUUCAAGGUGCAACACUUCAGCCGCGUGUCACUGGACCGGGCGUUGCCAGCUCAGCUGGGGAUUGACCCAAUCAGGCUGCAGCAGAUGCGCCACAUCAUGUUCGGCCGCAGUGCCAACAAGAAUGAGGAUGAUGACGGAGCAGCCGGAGCAGGAGCAGCAGCAGGGGCAGGGGCGAGCGCUGUGCUGGUGUCAGGGCUGCAAGGCCGAGUGCAUGCCCACGUGCACCCGGGUGCUGCUGCCGCGUCAGGAUUCGAAUGGACCAUCCCAAACGCGUUGCCUGGGAAAGGAGCAGGAAUCACAGCAGCCGGGGGAGCAGGGGCAGUGGCGGGAGCGGCCGGAGCGACAGCGGUAGCGCAGGCAGUAGCAGCAGUGACGGUGGUGGCGACGGUGCCAGGGGAGGGAAGCAGCGGCGUGGCAGUGGACGCAGGGUUGUUCCUCGGCCGCUCCUUUCGUGUGGGCUGGGGGCCAGGCGGGGUGCUGGUGACCCCAGGCAGGGUGCUGCCUGCUGGGAGCUUCGCUGGUGGUAACCGCGCUGCAGCAGAUGUUACAGAUGUAACGAAUGUGACUCCCAUCUCGUCCAAGCUCACUGUCACUCAGUCGAGUAGGGUGGUGGGGGAACGUGGGAGAGGGCGAGAGGGACUAUGGGGCGCAGGUGGGGAGGGGGACGGAGAGGUGCUGCAGAGUGAGGAAGAGGAAGGGGAGCAGGGGGAGAAGAGCGAAGAUGAGGAGAUGGAGGGGGAGGAGAAGGGUGGGAGAGAGGAGGGGAGAAAGGAGGGGAGGGAGUGGGUGGGGCGACGGCUGGUGUGCAGCCGGCAGGGCGGCCGCCUGGCCUCCCUGUGCCGGCGCUACAGCUCCCUGGCUGUAGCAGCUGCUGACGCCCUUGCUGCUGCCCGGGCACAGGCUGGGCAGGGGCGGGUUGUAUCUGGGGUGGGCGUAUCUGAGCGGCAGCUGCAGCACGAGCAGGCGGUUUGGCAGCUUGUGGACGUGUUGUUCUCUGAUUGGCAGGGCAGGAGGCGCAGUGACGUCAUGCAGGGGUCUGGAAGGGUGGAGAUGGGUGGAGAGUUUGACGGAGGUGCUGCUGAUGGGUCAGGUGAAAAGGCAGGUGGUGGUUCAGGUGGGAAAUCGGGGGAUGGGUCGAUGGAGGAGGAGGAGAGGGAUGGGGAGGUGGAGGAUGGAGCGGAGUUCAGCGCAUGGCUGCAGGCUGUGGUGGCACCGGCCAUCGUGCACGAACUCAACUCCCUCGCUGACAACGCUGCCAACCCUAACACCACACGCAACCCCCUCACCACCACCAACGCACUCACACGCAACAGCACACCCACCACCGCCACGCCUGCUGAAGAUGCUGCAGCGCUGCCUCUGCGGGUGGCUUUUACAGCGCUCACAGGCAUGCAGGUGGCGACGGCCGUGGGCGCGGCCGCUUUCACAGGGGACGUGCGUCUUGCCGCCAUGCUCUCCCUCGCCCACUCCGCCCCCCCUGCCACGCGCGCCGACGCCGCCCGCCAGCUGGCGCUCUGGGAGAGGCUGGCGGGCGGGAAGGGAGAUAGGGAUGGGGUUUCGGGGGAAGAGGUGGUUUCGUUGCAGGAGUUGGCGGAAGGGGCGUUGGUGAGUGUGGAGAGGCUUCGGCUGCUGCGGCUGGUGGCAGGGGAUGUUACUGGGGCGCUGGAGGGUCGGCCCCUGGACUGGAAGAGGCACCUCGGGCUGCUCAUGUGGGUGCCGAGGGCGAUUCCGUGGUAUGAGGAGACGAUUGGGGUGGAAGGGGAGGAGAUUGAGAAAGGGAAGGUGGAGGGUGAUGGUGCUGAUGAAGGUGAUGACGUGGCGGUUGAUGUGGCAGCGAUGCUGAGGUGGCGAUCGUGGAGUCGUGAUGCGCUGGACUGCCAUCUGACGUGGCAUCUUCAGAGUGUGCUGCAGGCCAUUGGAGCGGUGCGGGCCAAUGAGGUGCUGCCAGCUGUGCACAUGGACUACGUGGCGCAGCUGCUAGCAGCCAACCAGCCCCACUGGGCGCUCUACUGCCUGCAGCAUGUCCCGCCUUCCCAGAAGCUUCCGCGGUGGGCCCUAGAGCGCGCGUUCAGGGAGGUGCUGGCGGUGUCGUGCCCGGUGUGGGCGGCGAGUGAGGAGCAGCGCAGCUUCAUUGAAGGGCAACUGCUUGUGCCACGCUCGUGGAUGUGUGCUGCUCAGGCGGUGCACCAUCACUACGAGGGCCGGCGCAAUGAUGAGCUGCAGUGCCUGCUGAGCAGCUUCCAGUGGGACGGCGCCCACCGCCUCUUCAUGAACCACCUCGCAGCUGCCUGGAUUCUAGCAGAGCGUUGGUCAGAGGUGCAGCAGCUGAUGGAGGGGUUGGAGAUGCAUGGGGAGGCCAUUUACGGGUGGAAAGAGGGAGGGCGGCUGCUUUUGGACUACAUGCACCUGUCUGCCGCCCUGGACGGACAGGCGAUUCUGCCCACCGAAGAGAUUACGGUGUCAGUUGCUGACGGGGCGGAGGCAUUGUCGGAGUUCUCUCAGCGCACGGCUCAGUCUCUCCGCACCUUCCCCAAAGAUGCGCCCCGCCUGCGUAUGGUGUAUGCUCGCAUGCUCGACUCGCUCUCUCGCUCCUUCCUCACCCACACUGCAGCAGCCACAGCUGCUGCCGAUGAUGGUGAUGCAGCAGCAGGAGCCGCCGCCUCUGCUCCUCUAGAUGCAGCGCUGGCUACCUCUGCCCUCCCUGCCCUCCCUCGGGAUUCCCGCCUCGCUUUCACUCGCGAGGCGGCGUCAGAGCUCGCCAGCUGGCUUGCUGAGGGGAAUGUGGUGGAGGUGGUGCUUCUGCUGAUGGCAUCCCCUCCCACCACAUCAUCCUGCCACCCAUCCAACAUCUCCAACGCCAUUGCCUCUAGUGCCUCCCUCUCCUCCUCCAACGCAUCCCUCUCCUCCCACGCCUCCCCCGCCUCCUCCUCCUCCUCCCCUCUCUCCCACACAUGCUCCUCUCUCUCUCCUUCCCUCCUCCCCUCCUUCCCCACGCCAUCUCCACCCACGCCAUCCCCCUCUGACGCCUUUGCUGCAUCCCCUCUGCCCACCACACUAUCCUGCUUCUCCUUCUUCCAUCUUUUGAACAGCCCCCUCCAUCCCCCUCGAUUCCUCCCUUCACCAGUUGAACCUGCCUUCCCACCAUCAACCCCAGCUGCUCCUCCCCCGUGCAAGCUUUCACUCAGAUAA